CGGAGACCCCACGCCACGGUCCGUCUCCCCCUAAAUAAUUCUGCUGCGGCGGGCGACUGCGAUUCCCCCCAACCCCACCACUACGGAUACUCCUCUCGCUCUCUCGCUCGCCGCCGCCGCCUGCUCCGCCUCCGCGCGAUCGACUCCGGGAGCGGGAGCCGCCUGCUAAGCUCCCUCGCGCCCCUCCUCGCGAGCUCGAAAUACCUGAAGAUGUCGGAACAUUCUGAGAGCACGGCCGAGAAGCUCAUGGGCAACAUCAUGGAUACCAUUGCUGACAGGCUCCCCAAGCAGAAGUCUGACAACAUCAUGAGCAACAUCAUGGAUACCAUUUCUGACAAGCUCCCUAAGCAGAGAUCUGGCCGUUUCGAUCCAGGCUCAGUCGCUGAUGUGAAGAACAAGAUGUUUGGUCGUCAGAGGUCUCUCCAUGGAGUUUUGGGUGGUGGAAAGUCUGCUGAUGUGUUGUUAUGGAGGAACAAGAAGAUAUCUUCCAGUGUUUUGGGUCUUGCAACAGCUAUCUGGGUCUUCUUUGAGUGGCUUGAUUACCACUUCUUGACAAUCAUUUCAUUUGCCCUUGUUCUUGGAAUGGUGGUUCAGUUUGUUUGGUCCAACUUUUCAAGGUCUUCUGAAAUACCCCGGGUUAAGUUGCCAGAGGACCUGUUUGUGAACAUUGCUGUUGCCAUCGGUGCCCAAGUAAACAAGUUCCUUGGUUUCCUUCAAGAUGUGUCUUGUGAAAGAAACUUGAAGCAUUUUGUAUUGGCAAUUGUUGGGUUGUGGUCUGCUUCUGUAGCUGGUAGCUGGUUCAAUUUCCUGACCGUUAUUUACAUUGGGUUUGUGUGCGCUCACACGCUCCCUGUGCUUUACGAGAAGUACGAGGACCAGGUCGACGACUUCCUCUACAGCAUCCUGGGCCUGCUCCGGGACCAGUACCAGAAACUCGACAGCGGCGUCCUGAGCAGGAUACCCACCAAGAGGAACAAGAAGAGCGAGUAGAUUAGAUCAGAUCAGAUGGACACUCAUGAUUUAUCGAGUGAAAUCCCUGCUAUUAUUCUGCCUACUUUGUGUGCUGCAGCCCUGUAGUGUGUCUCAAUUGUCAUGUGAGAGCAUUUGUGCUCAGGUGCUUCCUGAACAGAACCAGAACGCUGGUUUAAAUUCAACCGCGACGCAUGCGUCUGUUCUCCCAUUUAUUUGUGGGAUGCUGCUCAACAAAAUUGGUGAGACCAUAAGUUGUCUGCAUAUAUUGGAAGUUGAGCUCAAAUU